AUGGCCCCGCACCCUGAGGGGCUGCGCUGGUUCCAGAUCCCCCUCUCCUCCGCCCGCGUACCCCGCUCGGUGAUCUUCAGCCAUGGCUUCCAGGCCGGUCUCCAGCGUUACCAGCAGCUCCGUGCCCUCAAACACCUCCGGGUGGGCCGCCCCGUCGCCCCGCCUCCCCCUGGCCUGCUGGAGCCCUGUCCCCCCGACUCCCCGCCCGCUGACAGCCCUCCCCGGGCCUCCAAACGCCCCCGGGGUGGCAGCGGGGUGCGAGCCCCCCGGCGCCACAAGGACUCCCCUGGCACCAAGAAACGGGUGAGCAGAAGCCGGCAGUCUCCUGGCCCCACUCCUCCCCGUGCCAUCCGGCGGGAUGGGGCCGACCGGGACUCCCCACCGUGCCAGGAGACACCGGACACUUCCAGCCCUGUCCCGGUGACACCGGUGCCAGUUACGGGGUCCCUGGGGGGUGAUGCCAACAUUGGGCAACACACCACAGCCGGGCAGGGGGCAACGGUGCCACAGCAGGAGGGCAACGAGUCUGGGGGGCACCUGCUGGGCACGGCGACGGGGUGGGUGUCCUCCACAGACAGCGAGGACGAUGACCUGACCCCACUGAGGGACGUGCUGGUGGCUGGGGACGAGCCCCCAAGCCCUGUGGACCACCAGGUCGGUUGCCCACGGGCAGAUCCGCUUGCCAACAGCCUGGAAUCACCAGUCCAGGAGAAGAGGGAGCAGAGCCAGGCAGCCACGCAGCACCCCGACCUGUCGCGGGUCCACGUGGACAACAACAAUCCCUGGAAAUCCCUGGAGGAGAACACAGAGCUUUCCAAGGAUAACAGCCCUCCCUGUGCCCCAGGGGAGGCUCUGGUGACCCUUUUUGCUGUCCCCACAGCCCCCCGGCGCCACAAGGACUCCCCUGGCACCAAGAAACGGGUGAGCAGAAGCCGGCAGCCUCCUGGCCCCACUCCUCCCCGUGCCAUCCGGCGGGAUGGGGCCGACCGGGACUCCCCACCGUGCCAGGUGACACCGGACACUUCCAGCCCUGUCCCGGUGACACCGGUGCCAGUUACGGGGUCCCUGGGGGGUGAUGCCAACAUUGGGCAACACACCACAGCCGGGCAGGGGGCAACGGUGCCACAGCAGGAGGGCAACGAGUCUGGGGGGCACCUGCUGGGCACGGCGACGGGGUGGGUGUCCUCCACAGACAGCGAGGACGAUGACCUGACCCGACUGAGGGACGUGCUGGUGGCUGGGGACGAGCCCCCAAGCCCUGUGGACCACCAGGUCGGUUGCCCACGGGCAGAUCCGCUUGCCAACAGCCUGGAAUCACCAGUCCAGGAGAAGAGGGAGCAGAGCCAGGCAGCCACGCAGCACCCCGACCUGUCGCGGGUCCACGUGGACAACAACAAUCCCUGGAAAUCCCUGGAGGAGGACACGGAGCUUUCCAAGGAUAACAGGGGUUUCCUGGCCCGUCACACCGUGACAUCCCGAUUCCUCCCCACCAUCCACCCCGGGGAACCCGUCUUCUGCGCCCACCCGGCCCCGGUGCCCACCCUGGACACCCGCGGGCUGAAGCCUCAGAGCGUCUUGGAGGGGUUUUUCUUCUGCAACUCCCCUGCCUGCCAGGCGGCUCUUGUCCGCGACGGGGGGCUCAGCCUGCUCUACCGCUGCGUGCCCACCUGCCCCCUGCCCGUCCUGCGCUGGCUCUUCCAGCCCUGGUGCCCCACGGUGCGGGAGAUCAGCGGGGCUUUCACCCGUCUGGGCGCCGACCUCAGCCCCCUGCGCCGCCAGCGCCUGCUGCCCCCCGAGUUCUGCCCCACGGAUGGGAGGAGCCUGGAUCCAUCCUUCUCCCCGAUGGCCACCCCCGAUGCCACCAACACGCUGACCCUGGUGACACAGCUCGGUAACAUCUGCAAGUUCCUGGGGCUGUGCGUGGUCACCCAGCCCUCCCGCUACCCCGAUGGCGCCCGCCUGGCACUUGUCACCCUCCUCUGCUUCCUGGGGCUGGACCGGGCGCUGCGGUGCCACCCCCUGCCCGAACUGCAGCACCUUCUGCACUGCCUGCUGGGGGGCAUCCGGGACUGGCAGGGACAGCUGCCCACCCUCUGCCUGUCCCUCUGCCAACUUUCUGGCCACCACCACAACCUGGUAGCCCUGGUCGGGCUGCUGCCAGACCUCACCAAAAGGGACAGGGAGCUUCGCCGGUGUCUGAGCCUUCACGCCGUGGCUCGGCUGCUGAGGGAGCCACCGGCCACCGUGCCACCUCCUGGGGCACAGGCAGAGCUGGAGGUGCUGGGCCAACUGCUGGCCCUGGCGCGGCCGGACGCCCUGCGACAUUUGGUGGCCACCAGUGACCAGGAGAAGCCAGAAGACCUCGACCAGGAGGCUUGUUACAUGAGCUACAGCCUCCUCCUCCUCGCCAGCAACGUGGUGGGCACCGAGAACCCACCUCCCCAGCAACGGGGCUACCUGGAGCGGCUCUGUGGCCAGUUGGACCAGCACUUCGGGAGGGGGCUGCAGGAAAGCCCCUGCCUCUUCUUCCACAGCCAGCUCAAAAGCCUGGCCACCCUCCUCUUCGUCAAGUGGCAGGAGAUGUUGGCCUAGGGCAACGGGGGCCAC